AUGUCUUAUCGUUUGUCAGAUGCAGGUCGUUUUCUACGUGGAUUGACUCAAUUAAGUCAACAAAUAAUUAAUGAAGCGACUAAAUCAGGUGAUCCUCGUCGACGUUCAUCUUAUAUAAUUGAACCUUUAACUGAAUUAAUAUCAAAUGGUUUCGAUCAAUUGACUCGAAUUAAUAUUUCGAAUACUAUAUCUAAGACAACAUGGAAAUCAAGUGUUCUUAUUCGUCAAAGUGGUAUUGCAAUGACUAAUGCUAUUCGAUCUUCACCACCAUCAACAAGAACAUUUGUAACUCAACCAAUCGAAGAUAGAAUAACAACUGCAACUAUUUUAAAUAGAGAUAAAAUUUUAAUCCCAACUCUUCCUGAGAAGAAUCUAUCUACAGUGACAAGAACCAAUAAUUUAGUACAAGAAAAAGUUUCAAUUUCCGCUCAUCCUCCUACCAUAGAUACACCAACAGUGAAAACAAUAAUAACAACAACUAGUCUAGCUACAGAUCAAAUUCUAAUUUCAGCUCAUCCUAAAAUAGAUUCUACUCCUGUAGUAGAAUCAUCGCCUAUUGAACAAAAAUCUGAACAAUUAAUAUCUGACAAAGUAAUAGAUAAUGUUCCAUAUCAUCCGACUGAAAAACCAGUUAACUUCUUUACACCAACAACUACAAUAGAUUCGGUAAAAGUUAAAUCAACUUCUUCUACAAUAGAUGAACCAACAUCACCAUUAAUAUUGGAGGAAAACCAAAAUUUAAUUUCAAUACCACCACCAACAAAUAUGGAAGCUCAAGCACGAUCUGUUCCAACAACAAGAAUUGGUCGUUUAGCAAGUUUUGGUUCUCUUGCUGCUGGUCUUGGUGUUGGUGCUUUAGGUUCAAUAGUUCGACGUUCAGUUGGACUUGAAACAGUAUCUUCAAACGCUGCUCUUUCGCCAUAUUUAUCUAAAGCUAAUGCUGAACGUAUUGUUAAUACAUUAUGUAAAGUACGUGGUGCUGCACUUAAAUUAGGUCAAAUGAUAAGUAUUCAAGAUAAUUUUCUUAUUCAAGAAGAUGUUCAACAAAUAUUUGAACGUGUUCGUCAGCAAGCAGAUUUUAUGCCUGAAUGGCAAAUGAAUGAAGUAAUGACGAAUGAAUUUGGUGCUAACUGGCGUGAUCAAUUUGAAGAAUUUCAUGAUCGACCAUUUGCUGCUGCGAGUAUUGGUCAAGUUCAUUAUGGUAUUUUAAAAGAUAAUAAAAGACGUGUUGCUGUUAAAAUUCAAUAUCCCGGUGUAGGUAAAUCAAUUGAAAGUGAUAUUAAUAAUUUAGUUGCAUUACUCAAUUUUUGGAAUAUUAUACCUCGAGGUUUGUAUAUUGAAACUGUUAUAAAAGUUGCUAAACGUGAAUUAAAUUGGGAAGUUGAUUAUAUACGUGAAGCUGACUGGGGUCGUCGUUUUCAAUAUUGGUUUAGAGAUUAUCCAUUAUAUCGUAUACCUGAUAUAAUAGAUAAUUUAUCAACAAAAAAUGUUUUAACAACAACAUAUUUCGAUGGUAUUACUCUUGAUAAAGCCGUUAAUGCCGAUCAAGAAACACGUGAUCUUAUUGGUAAAUCAAUAUUAGAAGUAUGUUUAUUAGAAUUAUUUAAAUUUAAAGCGAUGCAAACCGAUCCAAAUUGGUCAAAUUUUUUAUAUAAUCCAAUAGAUAAAACAAUUGGUCUUAUAGACUUUGGUGCAUCACGUACUUUUAAUCCAAUAUUUAUUGAUACUUAUAUAAAAAUAAUUCGUGCUUCAGCUGAUAAUGAUCCUGAACGUAUUCGAGAUUUAUCAAUUAAAUGUGGAUUUUUAACUGGUUAUGAAACACGUGAAAUGGUAAAUGCACAUGUUGAUGCUGUUAUGAUAUUAGGUGAAGGUUUUCGUACAGAUGAUAAAUUUGAUUUUGGUUUACAAAGUACAACAAAAAAUAUACAUAAAUUAAUACCAGUUAUGCUUAAACAUCGUUUAACACCACCACCAGAAGAUUCAUAUUCUUUACAUCGAAAAAUGUCCGGUGCAUUUUUACUUUGUACGAAAUUACGUUCAAAAGUUUAUUGUAAACCACUCUUUGAACGCAUAUGGAAAGAGUAUAAAUCAUCAUAA